AUGGCCAGAGGCUCCGUUGGAACACUACUGGCCAGUACACAUUACGUCUGGUAUGGGAAGAUUUCAGCAAGGAUGAAGACCAGUGCUGGCGCUGGUGUAGUCACUGCUUUCAUUCUCUUGUCCGAUACUAAGGACGAAAUCGAUUUUGAGUUCGUCGGUACCGAUUUACUAACAGCACAAACCAACUUUUAUUCCUUGGGCAUAACAAAUUACGACAAUGGCGCGAACGCUACCAUUUCAAGCGACUCCAUGGUCAACUACCACGACUACGAGAUCGAUUGGACUCCGGAUCAACUUACAUGGUCUAUCGAUGGCAAACAGGUUCGAACCCUGAAGAAGAGCGAUACGUGGAACUCGACCUCAAACAGAUUCUCAUAUCCCCAAUCUCCCGCUCGAGUGCAGCUAUCCUUGUGGCCCGCUGGCCUGCCAACAAACCCACAAGGAACCAUAAAUUGGGCAGGUGGCGAGAUUAGCUGGAACUCGCCGUAUAUGACCAAUGGAUAUUACUAUUCGCAAUUUGACAGUGUCAGCAUUGACUGCUACGACCCACCCUCCGACGCAAAGGGCAAUGGUAAGACAUCCUACAAAUUGACAAGCAAGAAUGCGAAUGAAGGCGACUUUGAAAUCACUGACGACCCAACUGUGCUCGGCUCGUUCCUUGCUUCAGGUCUCGAUAUGGAUCUCGGAGCAUCGGCUAGUGUGAGUGCAGGAGCCAGCAAAACAGCAAACACUGUGCCAGGUAUGAGUGGUGUUGGUCCAGGUAACGACAACCAUGCAGGAGACUCGAGCAGCUCAAGCACGGCACCGGGUUCGCAAUCCACUUCAUCUGGUAGUGGAGGAUCUGGAGGAUCAGGCGGAUCAGGAGGGUUCGUACAAGACGGCUCAAGCUCAGGCUCAAGCGGUGCUUCGUCGAACGUGCAGCCCGAGCAUGUGCUCAGUGGAAGUCUGUUUGCAGUGGUUGUGGCUAUCAUAGGGUUGUGCAUAUUGUGA